AUGGCGAGAGUACUAAGAGAAGCUUCGGAUAGCGACUGGGCCUCGGCGGAUGAGGGGUCGCUAGAUGUAACUACAUUGGCAUCGAGUGUUCUCAAUUACGAGUAUGUAUAUCCUCAUUCCAGUCUGCAAUCCUCACAUAGUCCCCAGAUAUACACUAACAACGACAUACACAGGUACAAGAAUGGCCGACGAUAUCACGCCUACCGCUCAGGCGCAUAUUUAAUGCCAAACGACGAGGAGGAGCAGGACCGCAUGGACCUCCUCCAUCACAUAUACACCCUGAUUCUCGAUGGCGAGCUGCAUAUGGCGCCGAUCAAGUCCCAUCCAGAGCGAGUCUUGGAUUUGGGAACGGGAACCGGGAUUUGGGCGAUGGAUUUUGCUGAUCAGUAUAAAUCCGCGGAAGUGUUAGGAAACGAUCUCAGUCCCAUUCAACCAAGCUGGAUCCCCCCAAAUCUCCAAUUUGAAAUCGAUGACUACGAAGCAGACUGGGUCUAUUCACGGCCCUUCGACUACAUCCACGGUCGCGAGCUAGCAGGCGCUGUCAGUAACUUCGACCGACUCUUCCGACAAGCCUUCAACCAUCUAAAACCCGGUGGAUACCUCGAGAUGCAGAGCUUCCGCGUCGAAGUAUUCGCCGACGACAACUCCCUCGACCGAGCACCAUAUACCACGAAAAUGUGCUCAUUGAUCCAAGAAGCCAGUGCCAAGUUCGGAAAACCGAUGGCGAAUAUGGACGAGUGGGCGGAUAGAAUGAUGAAAGAGGGGUUUGAUAAUGUGACGUGCAAGGUUGUCAAAGUACCCAUUAGUCCGUGGCCGGCGGAUAAGAAGCAGAAGGAGAUUGGGAAGUACUUUCAGGCGCAGCAGAUGCAGGGUAUUCAGUCUUAUGUUCCGGAGUUGUUGCAGAGUAUCUUGAAGUGGGGGGCGGACGAGGUUGAGGUUUUGAUGGCGGGGGCGAGGAAAGAGUUGUUUGAUACCACGAUUCAUCAGUAUGGGAAGUUGUAUUUUGUUUAUGGCAGGAAGCCAAGUAGUUAG